GGAACUGGAGCAUCUCUUGCCAGUGAGGAGGAAGUGAGAGAACUGGAAGCUAAUUCAAACUGUAUGUGUACAGCGUAAGAAAACAUCAUAGGGCGAUUAUUAGAAAUAUGGAAAAAUAUGAUGUGUCUUAUAGAAGAGGUAUCAUAAAUAAGAUGCAAAUGUAUCUUGUAAAAGGUGAAAGAAAUGUCUUUGCGUCUCAAAGUAGGUCCACAAUACCUCUUAUGUGUAAAAGAACAGACAUUUUGCAGCCGAAAUAACCUGUAGUGCCUCUUAAUCUCUUCAAAAUACUUUGACAAAUUAACUUUGAGUCAGUUUCAUCAUUUUUGUUUUUGUGUUGUUUUUUUAUUUUCUUCUGUUCUUCUCUCUUUCCUCAAUAUUAAAAGGCACAGGUCAUGAGGAUGUUACGAUUUGGGGACUAGGGUCAAUUUAAUAGAACUUUUACAUGUGUAUUUUACAAGUGUAGCCAUUGUUUUAGAGUCUGAGAACAAUAGCUACACUUGUAAAUUACAUGUGUAAAAGUUUUUAUUAAAUUGACCCCUGGUGCUGGCGUUGGGUUGAUAUUGGAAGGGGGGUUCUUAAAAAGAGACAGCCUCAAAAUUUAGAUCUCCAGAGCUUGACAUCUCUGUUAGGACGUAAGGGGCACAUGUGGUUACAGUAAAACAAGUAGCAAAACCGUGCAACUUGUUUUGCAACAUUCCUGCAAACGAGCUGAAUAGCAAUGUUGCACUUUUUACAACCCACGGGACAAACCUGUCUUGCAACAUAUCAGGUUGUUGCAGGUUGCAAAGUUGUUGCAGAAAGCGGAGAGUUGUUCUACUUUUAGAAAAAACGAACCAGAAUAAUUGUGCGUUUUACUGGCACAUGGAAAACUUGUCAUGCAACAAGUGACAUAACUGACACCCGCAUAAUUUUAUCCAGUCAGGAGACAGUCCCGCACGGGGAGACAGUAUUCACGCAACUUGUAACAACCUGACUUUUUUGCCAGACAGGUUUGAACGUGGGUGGUAAAAUGUGCAACACUGCUUUUCAAAUACUUUUGCAGUAAUGCUGCAAAACAAGUUUAACGUAUUUCAUUGCCCAAUUUACCUUAGCCUAAGUAUAGUCAGGGUCACCCAACGAGAUUAUAGUUCAAAGACACUUAAACAUAGCUUGUUAAACGUAUUUUAGUUUUUAAACGGUAGAUAUAGGCAUAUUUUUAUCCCCUAAAAAUUUUUCAUCUGUUCGGAUUUCCUAGCUGAAAGUCUAGUGAUCCGAAAAUUAUAGGGAUCAAAACUUACCUUUUCGAAAGUUUUAGCCAGAAAUAAGACUCCUGAAAAUUCUCGGUGACCUUUUAGGGUAAAAAUCCGUUAAAAAUGGGCAAUUAUACCAUUUUUUAGACGUUCGAAAAUCCUAGGAGGGAUAAACAAGCAAGAAUUUUACCAAAAAAUGUUCAGAAAAUUCUAGAUCUCAAAUCGUCUUCCGAACAGAUAUUUUCCGAAAAUUGACGUUAGGUGCUCCUGUAUAGUCAUAACAGAGUCCGGCUGAAUAUUUAUUGCAGUCAGUACAAAAGAGAUACCCAAGCUGAUGAAGAGAUUUGCACGCUAUGAUCCAGAUGGCAGAAAUGGUGGUAUAACAUUGAAACAGUUUUUGGACAUACCAGAAAUAUCAACCAAUCCAAUAAUGCCUAAAGUGGCCUCUGCUCACCUUGAUUCAAGAUCACGCAAGAUAACAUACAGGUCAUUUAUCAACAUGCUGUCGAGACUGAGUCCACGCAACUCACUUGAUGACAGGAAGGAAUGUGAGUUAUUAUUGUAGUUAAUGUGUCAUUUAAUCAGUCAUUCAUGUUGUGUCUGUCCCACAUGCAUUUUUAAUCUCUUCUCUGCAAUUUUUUCCAACCUUCCCGUAUAAGAGACAAACAAAAUUUAUUGUCACAUUAUUCACCUUUCAAUGCAUAUGUCCCCUUGUUUUGCUCUGCGCAUCACCUACUGCACGUAAAAUUGCGACAUCAAAGUUGGCGGUGAUUUUCACCGGUUGCCUUAGAGCGGUUUUCACUUGACUGUCGAAUUGGGAUUGGUUUUGGUUUUGGUUUUGGUUUUACUACGUCCUUUGGUUGGCUAGUGUAUUUACUUUGGUUUUGGUUUUACGACAGUCAAGUGAAAACCGCUCUAAAGGAUAAUUAACAAAAGCCCCUUUUAUAGUCCAAAUAGUUUUAAUAGCGAUUAUGAUAACUUUUCCCUGCUAAAAUGGUGUAGGUCUUAAAACUUGCCCCAGUCGUUCUGUGAGACUCUGUGCCCACCUUAGCAUAAGUAGAUGCUGAUGAUUUAUUUAUCUCAUAAUGUGAUGAUUGUUCAUGGUUUGUUAACUGCAGUUGCAUUUCAAGUUCUGGACACUGAUGGCAAUGGACAGUUAACAUACCGUGCGUUGUUCAGUUUGUUUAGAAUGGUGACAGGACCUGUACUGACAGAUGACCAAGUGCUGGAACUGAUAGCAGGAAUUCUCAGCAGGACCAACCUGCAGCAAGAUUCCAAAGUGUCAUUUGAGGAAUUCACUAAUGUAAGGGAUUUGAUAGACUGUGAGCAGUCUCUCUUUUUCUUCCGGUUUAGUAAGGGGAGUGCACGCGCGCGAGAGCGGCGAAGCCGCGAGAGGCGCGAAACGAGGGCGGCAGCCCGAGAAGAAAAAGAGAGACUGCCCGCUUAGCCAGAGCCAAUGAACUACGCGUUUGCCUCAUAACCAUCUCCCAUCUCGCGCCAUCAGUCACGCGCGUGGCCAUUUGCGUGUCUCGCGUUUUGCUCGACGGACUACAGAAAAAAGAGAGACUGUUCGUAGUCUAGGGAUUUGAUCAUUUUCAUGCUAAGCCAACUUGAAUAGAAAGAGGAAACCUGAAUCGAACAGCGACAACCUGCACGUAGCUUAAGAAAACAGCCGAGAUAUCGCGACGCCACUACUAGUUUCGCCGUGACUAUAACGUCUGAGGAACGAGCGCAGAAAUUCCAUAUUGAUGACGUGUCAUAGGAUAGGGCUUCUGACUGAUUGAAACAAAUUUCCCAAGCAGCCCGACCAAUCAGAAUCACUGCCCAGGUCUGGGUAUUUAUCCGUCAUCAAUGUGGUAUUUCUGUGCUCGUUCAUCGGACGUCAGGGGCACCCAACGAGAACAUAGUUCAAAACCAAUCUAACAUAGCAUUGUUGAACGUAUUUUAGUAUUUAAACGGUAGAUAUAGGCAUAUUUUAAUCCCCUUUAAAAUUUUUCAUCUGUUCGGAUUUCCUAGCUGAAAGUCUAGUGAUCCGAAAGUUAUAGGGAUCAAGACUUACCUUUUCGAAAAUUUCAGCCACGAAAAAAGGCUCCCGAAACUUCUGGGUGACCUUUGUAGGGUAAAAAUCCGUUUAAAAAUGGGCAAGUAUACCAUUUUUUAGAUGUUCGUAAAUCCAAGGAGAGGCAGGCAAGCAAGAAAUUUAACAACAAAUGUUCCGAAAAUUCUAGAUCUCAAAUCGUCUUCCUAACAGAUAUUUUCCGAAAAUUGACGUUGGGUGCCCCAGGUCAUAUUCGUGGGGAACUUCCCCAGUGGCGUUACGAGAUGUCAACUGUUUUCUCUGGCUAUUAGCCUGCACCCAGUCUCUUUAUGUUCGCAAAGCUAUUCUCCAUACAGUUGGAAAGAAUUUGUUUAGCAAACAAGACCCUGAUACUUGCUGAUUGUGUCCUUAAUUUUCAUGGAUACAUGUGUUCAAUUAAGCAAUAUUUUUUCAAAGAGAAAAUAUUUAGAGACCAGCAGAUUGGAGAGUUUUCUUCUCUUGAAUGAACUUCAUUUCUCAAGUUUAAAAGGCUUCAUAUCUCUUACGGCAGAAGCUAAUGAUAUGUUGAACGCACGUUUAAUAGUUGAUUUGCUUGUAUUUGAUACAUAGAGCUUUCUAAUGAGUUCAUAUGCCAAUCUAUCAAGUCUUAACUUUUAUUGUAUCCUUCAGAUUGUUUCAGAUGAUGAAAUAGAACAACUUUUCACAGUGGAGUUGCAGCUUCCAUAG